AUGCUGCUGUGUGAUUCCCUUAGUUUCUUCCAACAGCUGGCUUGGCACGUUCAACUCCUGGCCUGUCUCCAAUGGCUCGGCCGGUCUCAAGUUCUCAUUUGCUUACCCCUCGGCUCAAGCUUCUCUGUUCGGGAUCUUGCUCAGCUCUGUGGCGUUUCUGAGACAACUCUCUCGCGGGUAGUCCGGCUCACAGCUACAGCCGGUUUCCUCCAGGAACCGCAGCCCGGUCAGAUCAUGCAUACACCCCUGUCGGGAGCUUUUGGCGGCCAGCCCUCUCUUCGGGACGCCACACUAUUUCUCUCCAACCGCAUUACGCCGAGUGCGCUGCAGAUGGCGUCAACGUUGCAUCUUGGACGCACGGAAAGUGCGGCCGAAAGUGCAUACAACUUGGCUUUUGCCACUUCGCGGACCUUUCGUGAUGCCUGCCGCGUCACGCCCAAGCUGCACCGUCAGUGGAUCGCCUACCUCCGAAACACGGGGGAUUCCGAUGACAGCAUUACCGAGGUUCUCACUCGGUUGGACUGGGCCCAUCUGGGACGGUCUUGUAUUGUGGAGUCCGGGGCACGGUCGACCACUCGAGCCAGGGUGCUCUCCAAGCUGUAUCCUGCGCUACGUUUCGUUGUACAGCUCUCGGGCCCCGACCAGGACGCGCACGAUACUCGCGCAUCCCUGACGCCAGUGCCCUCCAUUCCGGGAAUUAUCCAGCUGGAUGAAAACUACCCGCAUAUCAGUGUGCAAACACGCAACCUGGGCUUGGCCCAGCCUGUCCUGGAUGCGGCCGUGUACAUCUUGCACCUGCCGUCCUUGUCGGUUGCGAAUUCGCCCUCUCGAUCGAUAGUCGUCAAAGAACUGCAGGCCCACAUGGAUGUUCUGUCCUCAAACCCCUCCGCCGUGCUGAUCGCCACAGCGCGGGUGCUCCCGCCCCCGGGGUCGGUCCAUCGGGAAGUCGAAGCCAUGUGCCGAGUGCGGGACUUCACCCUCAUGCAGCUGACGAAUGAACACGAGCCCGAAGUGGCUGAUUUUGACGACUUGGUCAAUGCUGUGGAGGCUGGUGGAGCAGGCCGCCUUGUAGUUGCCGAUAAGCUUCGAGCCCGGAACAACCUGUUGGUCGCAUUCGUGCUGAAGUACCAAGAAGUCUCGGCGCCGGGCGCGUUGCCAUCUUCGUUCUAA